GCUUUCCCGGGAGUUCGGCGUUUGCUGCAAGCUGAAUGUGCCUUGCCUUUCCUCUGCGGGCCGCCGGAGAGGAGAUUGAGACAUUUCUGCAUUCCUUCCCUUACUUCUCACGUCCUGCCUUUGAAGGAAGACCCCCCAGAGAGACAACUUUCCCAGUUGCGGACGCCCUUCCACGCCCAGGCCCCCACUUGUCCUGCCAUGACCUCACUGUGAGCUAUUCAGCGAUUUUUGACAGUUCCCGGACGCUUAGGGUAUUGUAUCCUAAAUUACUGACCCAGAAAUAUUGCCAUCAUGGGAAAUCAACUUGCUGGCAUUGCUCCUUCCCAGAUCCUUUCUGUGGAGAGUUAUUUCUCAGACAUCCACGACUUUGAAUAUGAUAAAAGCCUUGGAAGUACUCGAUUUUUUAAAGUUGCUCGAGCAAAGCAUCGAGAAGGCCUGGUGGUUGUAAAGGUCUUUGCAAUUCAGGAUCCCACAUUGCCAUUAACCAGCUAUAAACAAGAGCUGGAGGAACUAAAAAUCAGGCUGCACUCUGCACAGAACUGUCUUCCUUUCCAGAAAGCAGCAGAAAAAGCAUCUGAGAAAGCAGCUAUGUUGUUUAGGCAAUAUGUGCGAGACAACCUCUAUGAUCGCAUCAGUACCCGUCCAUUCUUAAAUAACAUUGAGAAACGCUGGAUUGCUUUCCAGAUCCUGACAGCUGUGGACCAGGCACACAAAUCUGGAGUUCGUCAUGGGGACAUCAAGACUGAGAAUGUUAUGGUUACCAGUUGGAAUUGGGUUCUUCUAACUGAUUUUGCCAGUUUUAAACCCACUUAUCUUCCAGAGGACAACCCAGCAGAUUUCAACUAUUUCUUUGAUACUUCAAGGAGGAGGACUUGCUACAUUGCUCCUGAACGUUUUGUUGAUGGUGGUAUGUUUGCUACUGAGUUAGAGUAUAUGAGAGAUCCUUCAACUCCACUUGUAGACUUAAAUAGCAAUCAGAGAACAAGAGGAGAAUUGAAGAGAGCAAUGGACAUCUUUUCAGCAGGUUGUGUGAUAGCUGAGCUUUUUACAGAAGGUGUACCAUUAUUUGAUCUCUCUCAACUUUUGGCUUAUAGAAAUGGACAUUUUUUCCCUGAACAAGUGCUAAAUAAAAUUGAAGAUCGCAGUAUCAGAGAAUUGGUAACUCAGAUGAUUCAUCGAGAGCCAGAUAAACGUUUAGAGGCUGAAGAUUACUUAAAGCAGCAGCGUGGCAAUGCCUUCCCUGAAAUAUUUUACACUUUCCUUCAGCCUUACAUGGCUCAGUUUGCUAAGGAAACUUUUCUCUCUGCAGAUGAGCGUAUUCUUGUUAUACGAAAGGAUUUGGGCAACAUUAUUCACAAUCUCUGUGGACAUGAUCUACCAGAAAAAACAGAAGGAGAGCCUAAGGAAAAUGGGCUGGUUAUCUUGGUGUCUGUUAUAACAUCCUGCCUACAGACUCUUAAAUACUGUGAUUCCAAACUUGCUGCUUUGGAACUUAUUCUCCAUUUGGCCCCAAGAUUAAGUGUAGAAAUCCUUUUGGAUCGCAUUACUCCAUAUCUUCUGCAUUUCAGCAAUGACUCUGUUCCUAGAGUGAGGGCUGAAGCCUUGAGGACAUUGACCAAAGUUCUUGCUCUUGUCAAAGAGGUUCCUCGCAAUGAUGUCAAUAUCUAUCCAGAAUACAUUCUGCCAGGCAUAGCCCACUUAGCCCAAGAUGAUGCUACUAUUGUUAGACUAGCCUAUGCUGAAAACAUAGCUCUACUGGCAGAAACAGCUCUGAGAUUCCUGGAAUUAGUACAGUUAAAAAAUCUCAACAUGGAAAAUGACCCUAAUAGCGAAGAAAUAGAUGAAGUUACACAUUUGAAUGGGAAUUAUGACACAGAACUCCAAGCCUUACAUGAAAUGGUCCAGCAGAAAGUUGUCACUUUGUUAAGUGACCCAGAAAAUAUUGUGAAACAGACUUUAAUGGAAAAUGGAAUAACAAGGCUGUGUGUAUUCUUUGGACGUCAGAAAGCCAAUGAUGUUUUGUUGUCCCAUAUGAUCACUUUCCUAAAUGAUAAGAAUGAUUGGCAUCUGCGUGGAGCUUUCUUUGAUAGUAUAGUCGGUGUUGCUGCCUAUGUUGGCUGGCAAAGCUCCUCGAUUCUCAAGCCCCUGCUGCAACAAGGUCUCAGUGAUGCUGAGGAAUUUGUUAUUGUGAAAGCUCUUAAUGCACUUACCUGUAUGUGCCAGUUAGGACUACUACAAAAACCCCAUGUCUAUGAAUUUGCCAGUGAUAUUGCCCCUUUCCUAUGUCAUCCUAAUCUAUGGAUACGCUAUGGUGCCGUGGGAUUUAUCACAGUGGUAGCCCAUCAAAUAAGUACAGCUGAUGUCUACUGUAAACUGAUGCCUUAUCUUGAUCCAUAUAUUACCCAACCAAUAAUACAGAUUGAAAGAAAACUUGUCCUGCUCAGUGUUUUAAAAGAGCCAGUAAGUCGUUCUAUAUUUGAUUAUGCUUUGAGAUCUAAAGAUAUUAGUAGCUUGUUCAGACAUCUUCACAUGCGUCAGAAGAAACGAAAUGGGUCUCUACCUGACUGCCCUCCACCUGAAGAUCCUGCCAUAGCACAGCUUCUGAAGAAAUUGCUCUCACAGGGAAUGACAGAGGAAGAGGAAGACAAACUUCUGGCACUGAAAGACUUCAUGAUGAAAUCUAAUAGAGCAAAAGCAAAUAUAAUAGACCAGAGCCAUCUUCAUGAUAGUAGUCAGAAAGGUGUAAUUGACUUGGCAGCUUUAGGGAUAACUGGGAGACAAGUUGAUCUUGUUAAAACCAAACAAGAACCAGAUGACAAACGGGCUAGAAAACAUGUAAAACAAGACUCAAAUGUAAAUGAGGAAUGGAAAAGCAUGUUUGGAUCACUGGAACCAGCGAACAUCCCACAAACCCUGCCUAAAGGAAGUGACCAGGAGCUGAUUCAGACUGGGAAGCCUCCAGGACGAUCUGAGUCCUCUGCAGGCAUUUGUGUCCCUUUGUCAACUUCUCCACAGGUUUCAGAAGUAACAAAUGUCCAAAAUAAAAAACCAGUAAUACAGGUUUUAAGUAGUACAGUUUUACCAUCGACCUACCAGAUUCGGAUCACAACUUGUAAGACUGAACUUCAGCAGCUCAUACAACAAAAGCGGGAACAAUGCAAUGCUGAGAGGAUAGCUAAGCAGAUGAUGGAAAAUGCUGAAUGGGAGAGUAAACCACCACCACCUGGGUGGCGUCCUAAAGGGCUACUAGUUGCACAUCUUCAUGAGCACAAAUCUGCUGUGAAUCGAAUUAGAGUCUCUGAUGAACACUCACUUUUUGCAACAUGUUCAAAUGAUGGCACAGUGAAAAUCUGGAACAGUCAAAAAAUGGAGGGGAAGACCACUACUACUAGAUCUAUUCUUACAUAUAACCGAAUUGGAGGAAGAGUCAAGACACUCACGUUCUGUCAAGGCUCCCACUACUUAGCCAUAGCAUCUGAUAAUGGUGCUGUCCAGCUUCUUGGAAUUGAGGCUUCUAAGCUGCCGAAGUCUCCUAAAAUCCAUCCUCUACAAAGCAGAAUUCUAGAUCAAAAGGAGGAUGGCUGUGUUGUGGAUAUGCAUCACUUCAACUCUGGGGCACAGUCUGUUCUGGCCUAUGCCACUGUGAAUGGUUCUCUGGUUGGCUGGGAUCUCAGAUCUUCAAGCAAUGCAUGGACAUUAAAGCAUGAUUUAAAGUCAGGCCUUAUUACUUCCUUUGCUGUGGACAUCCACCAGUGCUGGCUCUGCAUUGGUACAAGUAGUGGUACCAUGGCUUGUUGGGACAUGAGGUUCCAGUUGCCAAUUUCCAGUCACUGUCAUCCUUCCAGGGCUCGAAUCAGGCGCCUUUCAAUGCACCCUUUGUAUCAGUCUUGGGUGAUAGCAGCUGUUCAGGGGAACAAUGAAGUAUCCAUGUGGGACAUGGAGACUGGUGACAGAAGAUUUACUCUCUGGGCCAGCAGUGCACCACCACUUUCUGAAUUACAGGAUGAAGUCAUAAAACAAAGUGGAGUUACAUUUGCUCCUACUAUCACAGCCAUAGCUCCUGGUCAGAUCACAACGCCUUCUCCUCAUAGUGUCCAUGGUAUCUACUGCAGUCCUGCUGAUGGAAAUCCUAUCCUGCUAACAGCUGGCUCAGACAUGAAAAUAAGGUUUUGGGACUUGGCUUACCCAGAAAGGUCCUAUAUUGUGGCAGGAAGUAGUAGUUCCCCAUCUGUGUCCUAUUACAGGAAAAUAAUAGAAGGCACUGAAGUUGUUCAGGAAAUUCAGAAUAAGCAGAAAGUAGGACCAAGUGAUGACACCCCCCGAAGGGGCCCAGAGUCUCUGCCUGUGGGACAUCAUGACAUUAUCACGGAUGUUGCCACUUUCCAGACCACGCAGGGCUUCAUUGUGACUGCCUCUCGAGAUGGGAUUGUGAAGGUGUGGAAAUAAAGUCUACUGACUCAUGUGAAUUGUAAUAAAGUUAUAAAUGUACAGUUAUUCAAAAGAAAAUGUAUUUCUAGAAAACAGAAGUGAGAACAAAUUCAUUUGCUUAAUUUUUAAAAUCAUGCCUAUAUUAUUAUUUCAAAACUAAACAAAUCACACCCAAGGAGGUUAACGAAGUUGACAUGGCUAGUUUACUUGUGCACCUUUCUUCAAGAGUUAGCCAGACAACAGUAUCUUAGACUUUUUGUUGUAUAUGUCUUAGAGAUGAGAAAUGUAAAAUGCAAAGAUGAAUAUGAUGUUUAUUUUGUAUUGAAAAAGAUGGUUGUAAGCUAUUAUAAACACAUUUUUGCUAUUAAAAAAUGCUAUUCAAACUAAACUUUA